AUGAGUAUGGACGCUGGCGGUCUUGCUCAAAUGACUUACAACACUUCUUUCAACGGUUCUUCCCUCGGUGUUCCUGCGUCUGGUUUCGCUUCUCGUGGUAAAGGGUCUCAUAUCAAGCGUUUGAGUGUGCCCCCGGUUCAUAUUUCCUCUGUUGAUGAUCCACAAGCAUCAGCCCCCCUCGCCACGCCUCGUACCAGCCGCUCUCACCUUCUGGCCGGAUUGAGAACUGCACCCAAGUCGGCCACGGGUCCUCCCGCGUCGGCACCCUAUAACCAGCAAAAUCUCGGCCUUGAUGGCGGACGAUAUGCAAGCCGUGCUGCGGAGCGUGCCCCGCACACCACUGUGGGAACUGGCUUUCCUCAGCAGGGGUACGGCAUGCACGUCAACGCUGGGAACAUGGGCCUCAACAUGAAUCACCCGAUGUAUACUCUCCCCGAACAGGUGCUUGCGCCGCCGGCCAUCGAUCUUGGUGUCGACACCACGAUGGAUGAGAAAUUGUACGCCGAGCUCAUGUCAACCAACCUCUACCUUGCAGCCCAGCAGCAGCGCCUGCAGCAGCAGCUCAUCAGCGUGACCGCCGCAGCCCAGCAAUUCCAGGGUCUCAACCUGGGCGUGCCCAUCGGCCAGUCGCAGUACCAGCAGCAGCUUCAUCAGCAGCAGCAGCAGCAGGCCGCCGCCGCUUCCAUCUCCAUCCCCAGCAUGGGCUUCUACCAACAGCAGCUGCAGCAGGGCGUGCAGCCGGUGGUCCAGCCUGUUCCCGGACAGCCAGGUCUUUACUCCGUGUACAACCCUCUGACCGGUCAGCAGAACUACGUCUUCGAUCACUCGGCCCAGCAGGAUAGCUCGCCCCCUCCUCUCUACCAGGAGGAAGACCAGUACCCGAUGAUGCAGGUCCCAACUUUCCGGGCAGAGGUCUCCCCUCCUCGAGAAUCAUCGUCUCCUGUGCACUCCGUGUCUCCUCCGCACACAACGCCUUCCCCACCGCAGGAUGUGACCCCCUUGCCUCCGCCCUCCGCCAAUGCUUUCCGACGAGGCCACAGGAAAAGCUCGUCGAUGGCUCCUCAGUUCAAGGACAACAAUGACGUGUCGCGCGCUAACCUGACCGGAACUGGUCCCAAAUCGGCUGCUCCCCCUCAGACUCCUCUCACCGGAACCUUUGGACCCGGUCAGAAUCGCGCUGGCGAACAUCCCGUCCGUCAGCCUCGCGGCCCGCCUUCGCUGGAAGAGCUUGUCGCCAAGCCUACCUCCAAGCACGAGGGUAGCAAAAAUUUCGCGACUCGUCAGCGCCGUCGUGCCGUCCACAACCUUGUUCGUGCUGGGAUCGAACGCCGUGGCGAAUCGCGCAGUCUAGGCUAUCACAGCAGCGGCGGUACCAACACUCCUGCGAGUGAGAAGGAGUUUGCCUUUCCGGACAACGAUGAUGCGACGGUCCGUAGCAGCGGUAGUCUCUCCAGCAAACCAAGCCUGGGAAGUCUUCGUGCGGCUGCCAACGGUGCUAUUGGCUCGGAGAGGAAGGAAAGGUCUUCUCGCGAGCGCAACUCCCUCGACAGCCCGUACUCGGGUACGCCUACCAGUGAAGAUGGCGGUUUCUUCGGUGGCAAGCUUGCCGAAGUCUCUUCCCCUACCAACGGAGUGGUGGCGCCUUCGGUGGCUUCUGUCGUCGCCGGUCAAAGGACCGUUGCAAAGGGCCAGGAGAGACGCAAGACUCCCAUGCUUGUGCUGUCUAGUGCUGAAAAGCGGAAGACCACACUCAUGUGA